AUGCGUGCGGUCGCGUCGCACCCAGAACCUGCUUACCGGGGCCGCGUGCCGGACAGCGCCGUGGCCCGGGGUCCUGAGACGGUAGACCUCUGGGCAGGGCUGGGCCAAGCAAGUCGCGCUCGUGCGGGCGAGCUUCUCGAUGGUGGAUGGGGUUCUAAGGAGAGACGGAGAGACCAGCUGUCACAACGCCCCGGUCUGCGGCACCGCCCAGGCGGCCGAAGGCGCCCUUUCCCCACGUCCUGGCCGGUGGGGGCCGGGCAUAGGGCUGACGCACGCGUUGCUAGUGUCCGCAAGGAAGUUGGGGAGCCCAGGCGCCCAGCUGCCCUCUCCUGGGCAUCCCCAAGCAAUGGAGAUCGGGGCCCCUGUGGGAGCCCGGCCUUCCGGAGCACGGGCCCUGAACGUGGCACGGAACACCGGGCGCCGACGGGUCCCCGCUGUCUCCUGUGGACGCGAGCCAAGAGUUGCAGCCCGGGAGUUCUGGCCAGGAAGCCGCCCACCCACGCCUCGUCCCACCUGGGCUCCAAGGAUCUGAGCCCCUCCACGGCGAGCCCAAGGUUGCUCGGACCCAGGGCUCCCCCAAGGCCGAGCUGUGAAUGCCAGGUCACUAGCCACCACUACAGCGAGCCACAGGGUUCACGGGCCGCCCUGGACGAGGGACCUGACUCCCCGCGUGCAGGGCCGCUUCGUCAGGACCCGGUCCUGGGAGCAUCAGAGUCUCAGGCCAGAGGCUCAGACCCAAUGGCCGCUAGGGGCUGGGACUGGCAGAUUCUGCCCCGAGGCCCAGUGGACCCUUUUGGUCUCGAGAGCACAAGGAAUCAUCCUGUGCUCCUCCCAAGCCACCUGCCGGGCUGCCGGAGGCCUUGGGCGUCUGCUGAAUGGGACAGGAGCUCAGGCCUCGUCAGCCCUCGGAACCAUGCCAAUCCCGGGUCUUCAGCAACGACCCAUUGCUGA